AUGAACGGAAAGGUCUGGGUUCCGGAGACCAGUAUAGCAGACUGCAAGACGACCCAACCAACCGCAGUCGAGAAACAAGAGAGAAAGAGAGGAAAAAUCACCAGGCGUACCACACCGACGGUGGAAUUUCGCGCGGAGAACUCGAGUCAGAGACAGAGAAAGCAGACGUACAGUACCAUAGAGAGCAGCAGCUACAGUAGACUAUCUCUCCACCUCGCUCUGAACCAUACUUCCACAGGAGAAUGUCGCGCGAGAACCGAGUUCUGCGGCUGGGAGGGAGGCUCUUUGCAUUCGGCCUCGAUGGUGCGCAGGUGCACGGGUGAGCCAGCGACCGGACAGAGGAGCGCACUGCAGAGCAGAUCUGGCGGCAGAGCCUACGGAAAGAACAGGAGAAACUCUGUCUACGAGUUCAAACACUUGACGGACUCGACGGACCACAUCCAGGACUACUGCCGCUACAGCUUCUCUGCUCUUCUUCUUUCGCGGGAAAACGGCGGUUCUGUAGACCAGUCUGCGUUGGAUCCCGUCGCUCCAGAGCUCGAUAAAGACGAAAAAGAAGAGAAGAAAUGUGAGCAUAAGACUCUUUGCAAAGGGAGGGAGGAGGACGCGAAAUAUGAGACGUGUCUUGUAAAGAGCAGGGGAAGAUACGAGAAAGAGCAGCAUCAUCAGGAUUACCUUCAGCAGCUGGCUAACAGACUCGGAGUGACGGAGUCGAUACAGGAGGGCCACCUACGCUACAGACCUCGACCAACGCCGCCUUCCUUCACUAGGAAGACAAGAGUUGCCGAAGACAUCCUCAUCUCCACUCAAGAAGACAGGUCUCCGUCUCAAAGUGGGGAUCAAACACCUAACAGAGAGCAGCAACAGAGUGGAGAGCAGGUCUCCAGAAUGGAGUCUGGUGCACAGAAGAGACCUCACACUACUAACGCUGCCCCAGCUUCCCUGGAGCUCCCCAGAAUUCCUCCCCUUUCGUCAGAGAGGAACAAGGAUAAGACUUUGUCCACGAGCUCAGUGACAAAGUACCUGAGGAUCAGCUCUCGCCCUCGCCACAGUCUCUCCCUUGGUCUGGGAGAGGAAGAAUCUGCAGCAGAUGUUAGUUCACAUGACAGUCUGAUGGUACAGUCCACCAAUGAGACGAUUCAAGAGGAGGAAGAGGAGGUUGAAACUAAUGGGGUUAGCGAGGAGACAGACAAAGAAGACCAGCAGAAGUUCCUGUUGGAAGUGUCGUGGAGACAACGUGUGCUGGCAGAGAAGGCCCAGGCUCUGGGGCUUCUAUCACGAGACUGGGCCCAGACGAGGCUAGUGAAGAGAACAAUUGGGGACUGGGGUACCCACCCUCGACCCUACACCAGAGCAAACACGAGACCUUGUACCAGGACCCACAGUAGGAUGAGAGGAGAGACAAACUCAGUGGCGACUACAAGACCAUGCACUAGAGAAGAUACCACAUAUGAAAGAGAGGAGUUACGACAGACCAACAGUAGAGCCACUAGCUACAGACUCUCUCAAUGGAAAAGAUCCGUAGACAACGACAGAACCACAUCAAGACCGACAACUCGUGCGAACACGGGAAACGAAAAACUGGAAAAGAUUCGGAGUAUUUAUGAGCCGACUGGCUCAGUUAGGCUCAAGAGAAGCCCUAGCAGAAGUGAACAGACAAGUGUGGGGAAAAGACCAGUCACCAGAGGUGGAGAAUCCAACAUUGCUAGCACGGCGAGAGAGAAGAUGCGACCAGCAACAAGACAGGGGAAGAAAGUCCAGAGAAGAUUGGAGAAUGACGGAUCACAGUACUGGAAUGAGGUUCCCAGAAUUGGCCAUUACAUCGUCUCCCAGUCCCAUACUGGUACCAGAACGCACCUGAGACCAGGAACCCGGUCAACUGGAGCUGAUGAACCAGGCAAAAGCCGACCACCACAGAGGGUUCGACUGUACUCCAGCCAUCAGUUGAGACGCACGACUAGAGAGUCAAGACAUCCAUCUUUUGAGAUUAGUGGACAUGUACACAGACAGAACGGAUAUUCACAAUCACACAAAUGUUAGAAACAAAAUCAUAAUGGCUUCCAACAAUAAAGUGAUGGUAAAAGAGGUGGCAUGCAUGAUAUAUAUAUACAAGGUCAGCGUCGGUCUCUGGAGCGAUUUCUAUGACGAUGUUUGUGGUGUCCGUCCCUUUCCCUGCUUCUUGAUCUUGAUCUUUGUCUUUUCUCCUCCUUCCUCUCUCUCCUGUCUCCUUUCUCCUUCUCUCUCCUGCCCCC